UUCUCUUGCCCUUCCCAUCCAGCUCUUGUUAAGCUCGAGAUCCAGCAGAGAGUAGAGUCCACAGAGACUUUUCCCCACACACGCGCGCGAACGAUCCCAAGGCGGCGGAGCAACCCAAGCAUUCCCAUGGCUCGCACCUCCUCGCAGUCGCAGUCCUCGGUCGCCGGCGCCGCCGGCGCCUCCCGCCCGGCCACCGUCGGUCCCCGCGGCACGGCUGCCGCGACGGCGGGCAUGCGCCGCCGCCCAGGCCGCACCUCCUCGUCCGGCGCGGGCGGCGGCGGCGGCUUCUCCGGUGGUGGGAACAACAUGCUCCGCUUCUACACCGACGAGGCGCCCGGGCUGCGCCUCUCCCCCACCAUGGUGCUCGUCAUGUCCGUCUGCUUCAUCGGCUUCGUCACCGCGCUGCACGUCUUCGGCAAGCUCUACCGCUCCCGCACCGCCGCCUCCUCCGCCUCCGCCUGAUCGGCUCCGCAGGCCCGCCCGGUGGUGACCUUCCUGCUUCUUCCUCUUCCUCAGCUCAGAUCAGAUCAGAUGGUUUUGGUGGGUAACAAGGAUGAUAGUUUUUGUUGUUGCUGAUCCUUUCUGGGUUAGAUCUGCCAAAGAUGGCUUUUGUGUGUAACAGAUCCAAGAGGCUAGCCUUGCUUCAUCCUUACUUCCCCACUUAGAUCUGCCAAGCAACUUUACUAGUUUAAAUUAUGGUGCCCUUCUGUUUCUGUCUACCUUGUUGCGAUGAAUUGUGGCUAAUCACCUGUGAAUUUGCAAUCACCAUAUAUGAUAUGUGCCUUGUGGGGACUGAGGGUACAGUUUUGUUA